AUGACCACUGGCCCUCUCAUCGUACCUGUGCUCACCAAUGUAUCAUUACAAUUCGUGGAGAUCCAACAAGAUGGCACCGUCAAGGACCUACUCGACCGUCUGUCAUUUCUCGAUGAAGUCAAGGCCGACAUACUCGGGGAUCUACAACCUCAAGGAUGGGCUAUACAGAGGAUCAUCGGGUUCAGAACUGGAAGGACAUGGGAGGAGGAGGAACUCGAGGCCCUCGACGACGGUAUUCUGCCCAUGGACGCAGUCGUGGCUCCGUUGCUGAACACCUCAGCUAAGCCGACCUCCCCCAAAGGCCGGCAUUUCUCGGCUUUUCCUCUUACUUCUCAUCUGCAUACGCCCACACUACGACUUGUGUCACUCCAUCCUGCACUCUCUCUCGUCGUUUCGUUCCUGAGAGUCCCUGAGAUCCACGAUGGCUUUCAAUGGAGGCGCUAUUUUUCGCGGUCAACGACUGUAGAAGAGUUCCUUGACGGGAUUGCUGACGAGCUCGGACUGACGAGGUCACUACCUAUACCCGGUGCAGGUACGUUGCAAUACGUCCUAGAAGAAGUAUGGACGGACUCCGACGGGGAAUCAUUCACGAGGUAUCAGCCCUCAGAUAAUCUGUCCUCGAUACUCGAACACCAUCAUGGCCCACCCGGUUCUGUCCCCCCGUUCCGGUUGUGCGUCCCCGAGGAGUGGUAUCGACGGUCGAAGAUACGCCAGAGAAAGCCUGCACAUUUAGAACCCUCCGAAGCCACCGUAAAGCGCCUGCGACAACUAAUGGACUCGGAAGACGACAAUGAAGAGGAGGCCGGGGGCACAGCGAAACAGGCUAGGAGCGAUUCGUCCUCCCCUCAAGGUUCCCCUUCAGCGAGCUUCCAGGCUCCAUUGGAUUGGCGAGCGUCAAUAUCUCAGCACCGUUUCUCGAGCAUGUUCGAGGGAUGGGGCCGCUCAUCCUCCCCGACGCGUAGUCCAGGGCGGAAGAACGUCAGCGAACCGCAGCUGAUGCCCCAACAUACAGGAAAUGUUUCAGCCCCAUCAUCUCCGCAUACGGAAGGAGACACGGCGAGUGAAGACGAGCCCAAUGUUGACGAUUUUGAGCGUUUACUUGACGAUCUAAAUCUGAAAGGCCCAAAUCGUGAAGCCAUGUACCGCCUUCCUCCUGAGCGUAAACGGUAUCUCUUGCAGUCCAACCAGCAAGUGAAGCAAGGCACACUCUCGAAGUCUUCGGCCGCGAAGUUACAGACAGCACACACCUCAGGAUCGAUUGGCCCGACAGCGGCGGCAGGAAUACUACCUCGUCUGGUUCCUCAGCUGACAGGAGAGCAGGGACUGAUGAAGCGAUUCUCUAUGGCUGGAUGGACCGGUAGCAUUGGUCCAACAGCUGCUGCUGCAGUUUCAGCCUCACAUUCCGAAUCAAGUAAAUCUCCCGCCGAGAGGACCGCGGUUGCGUCACCCAAUGUAGACGAACCGAAAUCUUUAGCCUCUCAAAACACUGGCGGAUUGUGGGGAAGCUGGUGGACGUCGUCUGGUGGCGACAGGACCAACGCGGGCGACAAGACCCCGCAAUCGUACGCUAAUGGCGUGCGGGCGGCCAAGAUGGAUAUGAAACUUGUCAAGAACUUGAUAUCCCUGCGUGUUCAUAUAUCAACAGCACAACUUGCAUGGGUCCAGGAAUUCACGGACGAGGCGAAGGGUGUGGAAGUACUUGGCGACAUUUUGUCCAAUCUGGUCGGGAAAGGGGGUAAACGAAAGAAACUGACUGAGACCGAAGAGUCAGUGCUGCUCGAGCUGAUCAAGUGUCUCAGAGUGUUACUCAACACGGAGCCAGGCUUUCGUCAUAUUCUCGCUGCCCCAACUAUCGUCACCCACAUCGCAUACUCUUUGCACGGCGCCUCUCUGAAACUCAGAACGUUGGCCUCGGACGUCCUCGCAGCAAUCUCUGUUGUCUCUGUAGAUGAAGGCCGCGCAGCCGUCCUUGCAGCCAUCUCCGACUAUCGCGUCACAUACGACGAAGGGUUCCGAUUUGAGGAGUUGCUCAACUUCCUCAGGCCCAUGGACUCAGGAUUCGAUAGUGAUGCGAGUGGCGAUGCGAGGGACGAUCCGUCCUCAGAACAGGACGGCGUUUGGGAGGCUAGGACAGCGACAAUGGCUCUCAUCAACGCCCUCACGACGUGCGCAGAUUCCUUAGAAGAGCGUAUCAUGCUUAGAGAAGAGCUCGGUCGGAGGGGCCUCAACGAAAUCAUAGUGACGCUUCGAUACGUUAAACCGCCUGAAUCCCUAUUAACGCAGUUAGAUGUCUACACGGAAGAGAAAUUCGAAGACGAGGAAGAUAUGCGCGAUCGUUUGCGUCACGCGUUCAAAAAUCACGGGGAUCAUCAUCGCAGCGCCUCUGAAUCUGAAGUGGUCUUUGAAGAGCUUGUACUACUGGCCAAACAACACGAAGGCCUUUAUCCAAUGAUGGUUGAGAUAUUGAGACGUUUCGGGCUCAUAUUGCAACGUCAAGUAGAUCAACAAGUCAAAUCCGACCUCUUCACCGUCCUUGAUAGGUUCAUCGAACAAGCUGCGGUGCUAGACGACUUCGAUGAUGGUUGGAGAACGUUCCUCAAGCGAUUUGCCAACUCGGUGGAGCAUAUCACGGGCCAAGAGCUUGACGUCAAGCCGGUCUCGGAUAGUGAUGAUGCUGUGAUAGAGGAGCAACUCGUUGAACUUCGCAACAAAGUUGAGGAACUUAGCAACGAGAGGACCGAGCUCCGGAGCGAGAUCGCACAACAAGUAGCAGAGAUCGAAACCCUCAAGUCGCUUCCUUUGAAGCUCCCGGUGCCCAACGCACCAAGAGGGGGCAAAUCGGGUCCCGAGUCAUCGCAAAGCUUCCAUGGCCUUGUUCAGCGCUUGGUUGCCAAGGAAAAGCAGGUUCUACAACUCCAAACUGAGCUAGAUCGCUUGAGAGCCCAGAAUCCGACUGAUGGCCGCGAGGCAGAAGAGAAGAUCAAGCGGGAACGUGACCGAGCGAAAUGGAACGUGUUGAACGAGGAAAUAGCGAAGCUAAAGAUGAAGGCCAAUGAGCUCGAGAUAUCUUUGAACAUCAAAGAGAAGGAGGUCGUCUACUUGAAACGUGCUUUAGAAUCCGUAUAUUCGCGCUUCCAAACUCGGGAGGAGGCAGACGUUGACGCACAGCUCAUGGCGAGCCGCACGAUUGAGACCCUAACCCAGAAGGACGAUGAGAUUGCGAACCUCCGGGUUCGCAUACACGAUCUCGAAACCCAGCUUGCGGAGAAACCGAAGUUCGUCACGGAGAAAGAUUUCAAAGUGAAGAAUCCGCCUCCGCCCCCGCCACCUUCAAGGAAACACUCCACUCCUGGAGGAGUCGGUAAUGGUAACUCAUCAACGGCUGCUUCCCUGCUUCCUCCUCCUCCUCCACCACCACCACCUCUUGGGCUGCAGUCAUCGUCGAAUACUCCGGUUUCAUCUUCGCCUUCACCCCCGCCGCCGCCACCGCCACCGCCGCCACCGCCGCCACCACCUCCACCACCUGGCUCAGCCCUCAUUGCUUCGCCUGCCCCUCCCCCGCCGCCUCCCCCGCCUCCGCAACCCGGGCACAGCGCACCGUCUGCCCCUCCACCACCACCACCACCACCACCCAGCGCACCCGGCUUCCCACCUCCACCCCCGCCCCCUUCGGCCUUCAGAGGUGGAGGAAUUCCGAAGGUGACAAACCCUGGGAAGCGACUGAGACCCUUCUUUUGGAACAAACUCUCCAACGUCCCCUCCAGCGAUUCAAUAUGGGCCGACACCGUUCCCGAUGCUUCGUUUGAUUUUGGUGAUCUAGAGGCGACUUUCGCCGUCAACGAAGCCCAGGGUUUGCGCCAAGCGUCACAAUUGUCAGUGGCCAGUAAGAAGGGCCAAGGUGUCACCACCUUGCUCGACAUUACCAGAUCGCAAAACAUCGCCAUAAUGCUAGCGCGGAUCAAACUAGGGUUCCCGGAGAUCCGCAGGGCUCUCCUAGAUGUUGACGACGAGAAGCUUUCUACGGACGACCUGAGGGCGAUCGCGAAACAUCUUCCAACCGCUGAAGAGAUCAAUCGCAUACAAGAUUUCGGCAACGUCAGCACCCUCGCUAAGGCCGAUCAAUACUUCAGCCAGAUCAUGACCAUACCACGACUCGCGCAGAGAGUGGAGUGUAUGCUGUACCGACGCAAGCUCGAGAUAGAGAUAGAAGAGAUUCGCCCUGAUCUAUCAAUGGUUCAUAAUGCUUGCAAGGAGCUCCGCUCAUCGAUCAAGUUCAAGCGAAUUAUACAGGCUGUCCUGACGCUUGGUAACGCACUCAAUGGGUCGUCCUUCCGUGGAAAUGCUCGCGGAUUCAAGCUCGACGCACUGCUGAAGAUGAAGGAGACCAAGACUGCGAAGGCAGGAUCGGACUGCCCAACGCUACUACACUAUCUCGCAAGGGUGCUACUCCGUACCGAUCCCAACCUCCCUGCCUUCAUCGACGAAAUGCCACAUUUAGAAGCUGCCGCUCGAAUCUCCGUGCCAGAUAUUGGCAUACAGAUUAACGGACUGGUCGCUGGAAUGGAAUUGGUCAAGGCAGAGAUUCAGCAGUCGAAGCAAAGCAAAGCGAUGCCGUACGGCGACCGAUUUAUCUAUGUGAUGGAACCCUUCGUUACCCAGCAUGAAAACAGCGUAUCUGCACUCAAGAACAUGUCGACGGCGCUGGAAAGCGACCUUCAAUCGAUGCUCAGGUACUUCGGGGAGUCGCCCGAGUCGCCAGAGGCGCCGAAGUACGAAGACUUUUUCUCUAUGAUCUGCUCCUUCUCUUCGUCGCUUCAGAAAGCAGCGCUCGAGGUCCACGAUGCCGAAGCGAAGAGCGGGACAAACACCCCCACCGUGCAGAUAUCGGUCAUCGAAAGCGAGCAGACUGCGACGUCCUCACGUCAUGAGCAAGAGCCUUCAGAGGCGAGCACGCUGCGGCCGCCUUCGUAUGGCAGGACGGCGGGCAAGUCGGUGGGCCGUGGGGAAGUCGAUCAGGCGAUGCGCAGCUUGCGUCAGGGCCACCGCAGGCAGCGACCUAACCGGGAACGUCCGCUAAGCAAGAUCUUCCUGGAUGGGGGCAACCGUCAGAGUAGGAUGUACGAAUGA